AUGGCAUCCCGACCGGAAAUCAAGGAGGAGGAUGAGUCGGGUUUCUGCAAGUUCUUCCGCAACUUGCCUGAGAAAGACGAUGAGACGGUGCGCAUCUUCGACCGCGGCGACUACUACAGCGCCCACGGCGAAGAUGCAAAGUUCAUCGCAAACACAGUAUACAAGACCACAGCCGUCAUCCGAAAGCUGGGACGAGAACCCGGCCUCGAAUCUGUCACCAUGACUAUCACCGUAUUCCGCAACUUCCUCCGCGACGCACUCUUCAGACUCAGCAAACGUAUCGAGAUAUGGCAAUCGACUGGCAAGCGCAUGGAUUGGAAGGUGGUCAAGCAGGCCUCACCCGGCAACCUGCAAGACCUGGAGGACGAAUUGGGAGGUCAGAUCGAGAAUGCGCCCAUCAUAUUAGCGGUCAAGGUGUCCGCAAAGGCAUCGGAAGCACGCAAUGUGGGUGUAUGCUUUGCAGAUGCAAGCGUACGGGAGCUCGGUGUUACAGAAUUCCUUGAUAACGACCUCUACUCCAACUUCGAAUCGCUGCUCAUCCAGCUCGGCGUCAAGGAGUGCCUGAUACAAGUCGACUCUACCAAGAAGGAUGUGGAGCUGGGCAAGCUUCGGACGAUUGCCGACAACUGCGGGUGCGCUGUGGCAGAGCGGUCGCACGCAGACUUUGGCACAAAAGACAUCGAGCAGGAUCUGCCGCGGUUACUCAAGGAUGAGCGAGCAGCCGGCUCGCUGCCGUUGACAGACCUGAAGCUAGCUAUGGGCUCAGCUGCAUGCCUAAUCCGGUAUCUAGGGGUCAUGUCGGACUCGUCGAACUUUGGACAGUACCAGCUCUACCAACACGACCUCUCGCAAUACAUGAAGCUCGACGCUGCCGCGCUGAAGGCACUCAACCUCAUGCCGGGACCACGAGACGGCGCGAAGAACAUGAGCUUAUACGGACUGCUCAACCACUGCAAGACACCCACCGGUAGCCGACUGUUAGCACAAUGGCUCAAGCAGCCGCUCAUGAACGUCGAGGAGAUUCAACGACGACAGCAAUUGGUGGAAGCCUUCGUCAACGAUACCGAGCUAAGGCAGACGAUGCAAGAGGAGCAUCUGCGGUCAAUACCGGAUUUGUACCGUCUAGCGAAGAAGUUCCAACGCAAAGUCGCAAACCUGGAAGACGUCGUGCGCGCGUAUCAAGUCGUCAUCCGAUUGCCGGGCUUCCUCAGCUCCCUCGAGGCGGUCAUGGACGAGCAGUACAAGGAGCCGCUUGAUGCGGAGUACACGGAUAAGCUCCGCCAAUACACAACGGCAUUUGCAGGCCUGCAGGACAUGGUAGAGACGACGGUGGAUCUCGAAGCGCUCGACAACCACGAGUUCAUCAUCAAGCCUGAGUUUGAUGAGUCGUUGAAGACCAUCCGAAAGCGCCUGGACAAGCUCAAGCGCGACAUGGAGUCAGAGCACAUGCGUGUGGGCGAUGACCUCAACCAAGACACCGAGAAGAAGCUAUUCCUAGAAAACCACAAAGUCAACGGCUGGUGCUUCCGACUAACCCGCAACGAAGCAGGCUGCAUCAGACAAAAGAAGCAGUACCAAGAGAUCUCUACACAGAAGAACGGAGUCUACUUCACCACCAACACACUACAAGAAAAGCGACGAGAAUUCGAUCAGCUUUCAGAGAACUACAACCGCACUCAAUCCGGCCUCGUCAACGAAGUCGUCUCAGUUGCAUCGUCCUACGUUCCUGUGGUCGAGAAGCUCGCCGCCGUCCUCGCACAUCUCGAUGUCAUUGUUUCCUUCGCCCACGUCUCCGUCCACGCACCCACCUCAUACACUCGACCUACCAUGCACGCACGCGGCACCGGCAACACCGUCCUCAAAGAGGCGCGACACCCUUGCAUGGAGAUGCAAGACGAUAUAUCCUUCAUCACAAACGACGUCUCUCUCGUUCGCGACUCGAGCGAGUUCCUCAUCAUUACCGGUCCCAACAUGGGUGGUAAAUCCACAUACAUCCGGCAAAUUGGUGUCAUUGCCCUCAUGGCACAGAUUGGUUGUUUCGUCCCUUGCUCAGAAGCCGAGCUCACGAUCUUCGACUGCAUCCUGGCUCGUGUAGGCGCGAGCGACAGCCAGAUCAAGGGUGUGUCAACCUUCAUGGCAGAGAUGUUGGAGACAGCAAACAUUCUCAAGUCUGCGACAAAAGAAUCCCUCAUCAUCAUCGAUGAGCUUGGUCGUGGCACAAGCACAUACGAUGGUUUCGGUCUCGCAUGGGCCAUUUCUGAAUACAUCGUCAAGGAGAUUGGCGCUUUCGCGCUGUUCGCUACGCAUUUCCACGAGCUGACUGCGCUGGUGGACACCUACCCACAAGUCCAAAAUCUACACGUCGUAGCACACAUAUCUGAAGGCAGCGCUCCUGCACCCGACGCCGACGGAGACGCAGACAUGGACGCCGCCACCGCCGUGCAAAAGAAACGCGAAGUCACCCUCCUAUACAAAGUCGAACCCGGUUUCUCCGACCAGUCCUUUGGUAUCCACGUCGCAGAGCUCGUUCGUUUCCCACAGAAAGUCAUCAAGAUGGCAAAGCGAAAGGCCGACGAACUGGAAGACUUCGCUGGAAAGCACGAAGAGGGUUACGUUCAAGCCAGUAAAGAGGAAGUGGAGGACGGAAGCCGAAUGCUCAAGGAGGUACUGGUGAAGUGGAAGGAAGAGGUAGAGAGCAAGGGGCUGACGAAGAAACAACAAGUCGAGAGGAUGAGGGAGCUGGUCAAGGGAAACCCAGAGCUUAUGGCUAAUGGGUUCUUCAAGGGUAUUCAGGCCUUGUAA